UUAAACACAGGAGGGUGAGCUUCUCUUUAGGAGGAUGGACGAUAGCAUGGAAAACCAAAGGAAAAGGUGUGGUCCCACCUGUUGAUUACUGGGAGGACUGGAACGGACAUGAGACAGAGAGGGAAACAGGGAGUGGAGGUACAGAUAGAGUCAGAGCGCUGAAGGAAUCUCAAGGCGUGACAGUAUCCCAGCCGAGAGGCAGUGUGACCAGUUUCAGUAUGAAUGAUAAUCAGGGAACAGCUCCCGUCUAUGAAAACAGAGGGUUCCAGCAUGAUGAAAGAAGACCCCCUCCAUACAGCCCACAAAAUGCUAUGUACCCUGCCCUCCAGCAAGAGACCCCCACCUAUGUCGCCACGACUCCCAGACCCACCAUCAACACCCACCACACCGUCACACAUGGAAUGCCUCAUAACACAGGACACAGCAAAGGGACAAAGAGAUGUCACUGGAAACAUAUCCUGUGCGUGUGUCUGUGUGUGGCUCUCAUCAUGGCAGUGGUCGGCAUCUUGCUCUGGUACUUCUUAUACUACCAGUGUUUGCUGGGGAAGUCCUGCAGAAGCGGUGGGACGUGUCUGAGCUCAUCGCAGUGGUGUGACGGUGUCACGGACUGUCCACACGGAGAGGAUGAAUCUCAGUGCUUUCGUCUUCAUGGGACCAACUUCAUGCUGGAGAGUUACUCAUCAGCCUACCAGAUGUGGAUGCCUGUGUGCGCUGACGAGUGGAACAACAACUUUGGGAGGACUGUGUGUGAGCAGAUGGGCUACCUGAGGCAGGAUUAUGUGAUGUCAAGCCAAAUCAAUGCAGGUUCUUUGGCCUCCAAAGGAUACAUGAAGCUGAAGCCUGAGAGUACCCAUACAUCUGCUAUACAGUCACAGCUCACUUACAGCCAAAGUUGCUCAUCCAGAGCUAUCAAACUCCAUUGUAUAAAAUGUGGAGAGAGCUCAGCAGCCCCCAGUACUCGUAUCGUAGGUGGUACGGAGGCUGUGAAUGGAGCGUGGCCGUGGCAGGUCAGUCUCCAGAUUACGGGUCAACACGUCUGUGGAGGCUCCAUCAUCAGCCCGCACUGGAUCGUGUCUGCUGCACACUGCUUCCAAGAGUACUCCAAUCCUUACUCCUGGAGGGUUUACUCUGGUGACGUGAGCCUCCGUAAAAUGAGAUUUGGCGAAACUGUUGUUAAAAUCAUUAAUCAUGAAAAUUACAACGCAGAAACGAAUGACAAUGACAUUGCUCUGCUAAAGCUUGAUACACCUCUGACUUUUACAAGAACAGUGAAGCCAGUGUGUCUCCCCAACUUUGGAGUGAACGCCUCUCCUGGAAGUCAAGCCUGGAUCACAGGAUGGGGAGCAUUGCGCUCGUCUGGAUCAUCCCCUGACAAUCUAAACCAGGCCCAGAUCACCAUUUACAGCAGAGAGACCUGUAACUCUCCUGAGGUGUUAGAUGGACAAGUGAGUCAGACCAUGAUCUGUGCCGGGAAACUGCAGGGAGGAGUCGACACAUGUCAGGGUGACAGUGGAGGCCCUCUGGUGGUAAAAGAGGGAAAUGUAUGGUGGCUGGCAGGGGACACUAGCUGGGGGAUUGGAUGUGCUUGGAGGAACAAGCCAGGAGUCUAUGGCAAUGUAACCUACUUCACUGACUGGAUAUAUCAACAAAUGCAGGAAAACUGAUGGAAACAUCAACAAACAUGAAGAAAUACCUCUUUGAUUAAUCAGUGGUACUCACACACUUUGCACUUUCAAUCUGAAGCAACAGAAGGAAGAAAGGUUUACACACAAAAAACCCUGAUCAUCCCAUUAUUUUUCUAUAGCAGUUAUGACUACACAUUGAAUCUUUGUAUUAGAACCAAAUCAAAUUAUUUGUUUU